CUCUCUCUCUCUCUCUCUGUCAGCUCUCACCCCGCCUUCCAGCGAGCAGCAGCCACUUGGUAAUCCAGUGUAUGGGACUGGGCUGCCUUCAUCUCCUUCCAGCUGACCACUCAGAAGUCACUACAGCUUUUCUUUUCUCUUUUUCUCGCGCUCACUCAGAUUGUGCGUUGUCGGGGUCGAAAGGGGGCUUUUUGUGCGGCGGUUUAGCUCGAGGAAGGAACAUGCAGCAUCCCGGAGGAACAUGCGUGGCGUUACCCAACGUGGAUGCGUGCCCUCAGUUGUCCUGCGCGGCUCUCACCUUUAUGUAUUUGCAGCAGGGUAACCAGGACACACCCACACUCUCGGACCCAUCCAUGGCCCAGACUUACACAUCAGCCCAAUUUGCUCCCCUCCCCCAAAAUGGCAUCCCCACCGAGUUCACGACUUCACACCCUCACGCACAUCCACAUUCCCAUCAGCACCCGGCACCUCAAGACUACUCCGGGGUCCAGGCCUCCAUCAGCGAGCAUCCGCUCAACAUGUACCAGUCCUCGCAGAGCCACGGCGAGCAGAAUGGAUCUGACACCGGCAGCCAGAGAGUCACCGGCACAGCCACACAGACAGAUGAUGCCUCUCAGACAGACAGUCAUCCACCGACACAGACUGUACCUGAGACCACAGACAGCAAAGCCCAACCUAAAAGACUUCAUGUGUCCAACAUCCCCUUCAGAUUCAGAGACCCGGACCUCAGGCAAAUGUUUGGCCAAUUUGGCAAAGUCUUAGACGUGGAAAUCAUCUUCAACGAGCGUGGCUCGAAGGGUUUCGGAUUCGUAACAUUCGAGCAUAUUAUGGAUGCCGACAGGGCCAGAGAGAAAUUGCAUGGCACGGUGGUCGAAGGCCGAAAAAUAGAGGUCAACAAUGCAACAGCCCGAGUAAUGACAAAUAAGAAGGCCGUCAACCCAUAUGCAAAUGGCUGGAAGUUAAAUCCAGUGGUCAGUGCGGUCUACAGCCCAGAAUUCUAUGCAGUACCAGGUUUUCCCUACCCAGCAGCCAGUGCAGCAGCAGCAGCAGCGGCGGCGUACAGAGGAACCCACCUACGAGGUCGAGGACGAACAGUCUACAACACGUUCAGGGCGGCCGCUCCGCCUCCUCAUAUUCCGUCUUAUGGAGGUGUUGUUUACCAGGAUGGAUUUUAUGGUGCAGAUAUUUAUGGUGGUUACGCUGCCUACAGAUUUGCCCAGCCUGCUGCUGCCGCAGCAUCUGCAUACAGUGACAGUUAUGGACGAGUAUUUGCUGCAGAUCCCUACAACCACGCACUCACUCCAGCAGCCGCAUACAGCAUUGGUGCCAUGAAUACAUUCGCCCCGCUGUCAGAUGCCAAAACCCGGAGCCACGUCGACGAUGUGGGGCUUGUGCUGUCCUCUCUCCAGGCUAGUAUAUACCGGGGAGGCUACAGCCGCUUUGCACCCUAUUAACAGCGCGGCCAACCGAAACGCAACAAACGGACAGGAAGAACGUGUGUGUGUAUGAAUGUGUGUGUGUGUGUGUGUGCGCGUGAGAGAAUGCGAUCCGCAAGUUCAAAAGAGAGACAUUGCUGAGGCCUGGGUAUUGCAAUACGUGCAAUUUAAGCAUAAUUUGAAGCAUCUCCUAAGCGAGAAAAAUAUCUAAAAACUAAAAAGACAGCUGAUAUUUUUCAUCUUAUACCUCAGAUAUUUUGUGCUGUGUAUUUUGAUAUUGUGGGUUUUUAAUUUAUCGAGAUUUAAAAAUACUUACACAUACUUUAUCAGCCAUAGAGGUUUUUUGUUUUUUUUUGUCCAUGGUACUAAUAGACAAACUGUUCAUGUAAAAUUAGGACACGGAGGAAAUAUUUAUCAGAUUGUUGUACACCAAUCUUGUGGGAUUAUACUGUAUAUCAAAGUAACAUGUUUUUUGAUAGCAUGUAUCUCCUUUUUCAUACAUGCCUUUAAGUGGACAACAAUGUUGAGGUUGUUGGGUUUUAUUUUAAAACUAUGAUGUAUUUUCAUGCAGAGGUUAAAGCGGAAUCCUAAUUCUCCCCCUCAUCCUUCCCCCCGUUUUCUGGAAAUGUUGUGCCAAUUCUCUUAUAAGGUUAAGGAAAGGUCCAAGAGCGUGGCCGCCGCUGCUGCUCACUGCUCCCCUCACCUCC